ACAGUUUUUCAAAGCUCGCGCUCAAAUUUUUUCCCCCAUUCACCACUAGGGCGCGUCCGAUUCCCGUCCUGCCAUUACGCUUUUCUGUGCGAUUCUGUUCACACACGAAAAUUAUCGUCUAACAAAUUUAACAGUUUUAAAUAUAAUUCGAAAUCGUUUUAGUAAUGGGACGCGAAUCGCGUAGUCGCGAACGAUCAGUUAAAUCAAGAAAAAGACCUCCGGAUCAAAAUAUUGAUCAGCUGUACGAAGAAAUAAACAGAUUACGAAAGAAGGUCAGAAAGUCUGAUUCGCGUCACAAACGAGAACCACGCCGCGAGCAUAGUAAAAGAAAAAAGAAUAGGAAGCGAAGCAAACGAGUUUCGUCAUCAAGUUCCUAUCUAAGUGAGAAGACAAAAAACGACGACGAGCGUCACCGGAAAGGUGCGUCACGUCGCGAUCAAAAACCCUAUGAUAGAUCUCGCUCCUACUCGAAUCAGAGGACAAAAAGCGAUGAUGAGCGUGACCGGAGAGGCGCGUCACGUCGCGAUCACACACCCCGUGACAGAUCUCGUUCCCACUCGAAGGAAGGAACAAAAAGCGACGGUGAGCGUGACCGGAGAGGUGCGUCACGUCGCGAUCACACUCUCCGUGACAGAUCUCGUUCCCACUCGAAGGAAGGAACAAAAAGUGACGGUGAGCGUGACCGGAGAGGUGCGUCACGUCGCGAUUACAGACCCCGCGACAGAUCUCGUUCCUACUCGAAUGAGGGUACAAUAAGCGAUACUGAGCGUGACCGGAGAGGUACGCCACAUCGUUAUCGUAGAGGCCAUGACAGUUCUCGUUCCCAUUCUGCUACGCCACGCCGCAUGCGCAAACGUUCGAGCUCUUCUUCCUCAUCGUCUUCUUCGUCCUCGUCAUCGAGUUCCUCUAAUUCCUCGCAAAAAGUUAAAACCAAAACAAAAGAUGACAGUUUAAAAAUUGAAACUUUAAAUCUUUUGGGUAAUGUCGAUGAAAAUGCGAAGUUCGGUCCUGACAUCCAUGUUUCCUUAUCGGAAGUAUGGAGUAAUAUACUAAAAAAGGGUCUCUCGAAAGAUUCAAGAAAGGAGCUUAUGGACAAAUAUCCAGCUUCUGCAAAUUGCAAAACACUUCAAGCGCCGAAACUAAACGUUGAAGUAAAGACUGUUAUGGGUCAGACUGGAUUAAAAAAGGACAAUUUUCAGGUUAUUUCGCAGAACCAAUUAGGUUCAGGUAUUGCUGCUUUGGGAUUAGCUUUAUCCGAACUUCUCAAAAAAGGCAGUGAUGACCCUGAACACAAUAAAUUAAUAAGUCUUUUAGCAGACGCUGGUAGAUUACUCACAGAUCUGCAUUAUAAAACAUCGCUUACGAGACGGUCCUUCAUUCUUCCUGGUCUGGAUCUGGUUGUCAAAAACGUAGCAGACGAUAGCGAAGUAGACUCAUUAUUAUUCGGCGAGAGUUUUUCGGAACGUUUGAAAUCAGCGAGAGCGGCGCAAAAAAUUGGCAGGGAUAUUGCAAAACCUAAAUCGACAUACACGAGUCAAUCAUCCAAAUUUAAGAGAGGUACGACGUACACUAGAGAGAACGAACCACGUAAUUUAAACUUCAGGGGCCCUCCCAGGGGGAGUUACAGGACAACUCAACCGGGAGGGCAGAGAGGCAAAUUCCCGCCGCGGAACCAGUACUUCUCGAAACCACGGAAGUAAACGAACGAGACACACCCUUUAGCGGAGAAACUUACACUAGCUGCAGGGAAAUUGUCCGGCAGGGAUUUUUAAACAAAGGAACACCUGAGUCUUCUCUACCA